AUGUCGCUACAGGUUUUGUUGUCAGUGUUGAAUGGCACGCCCAGUAACAACAUAAAUGCAUUUAAAACUGGUCGAUGCGCCGCAGAAAGAGAUGAACUCUCAGCAGUGAUUUGUGCCAACAAUUACAAACUGCCUUGGGGUCAGCGGAAAUGGAUUUGCUCACAAUACGGAGGCAGCAUUGACGGUCUUGCGGUGCAGUCCUGUGGCUGCACUUUGGAAGCUGAACUUAAAGAUUCAAGAAGGAAAUGCAUGGAGGAGGCCAAAGUGGAGCUGCAUAAGAUCACCCGCACCUCAGAGAACCAGGGGGUUCCUGUUCUCAUCCUGGCUAACAAGCAGGACCAAGACUCAGCCUUGUCCGUCAGCGAGGUGGAGAAGCUGCUCUCCGUACAUGAACUGAGCAUGUACACGCUGUACCACGUGCAGGGCUGCAGCGCCGUGGACGGUCAGGGGCUGCAGGCGGGCCUGGAGAAACUCUAUGAGAUGAUCGUGAAGAGGAAGAAGACGGUGAAACACAAUCGGAACAGUGGUCUUGAUUGA